AUGGCCGCUUUUCUACCACACCUUUGUCUACAAAAUAUAUUUCAACAUUUCUCGCAAGACUUAAAAACUUUAUAUUCAUGUGCUCUCGUUAAUACUCAUUGGUGCAUUGCAACGAUUCCUGAAUUAUGGCAAGAUCCUUUUAAGUCUUGUCACAAAUUACGUGAACCAAUUCGACUCGCUCCUUUGGUGAACACAUAUAUUUCAUUUCUUUCUCCAGCAACAAUUAAAAGUCUUGGUAUUACCCCAAAGAUACAACAACCAACCUUUUUCAAUUAUCCCGUUUAUUUACAUAACAUUAACUUAAAUUUAAUUCAUGGAAGUAUUGAAUAUUGGAAAAGUCCUGUCGGUGAUCAAGAUAGUAAAGAUACUGAACAAGUAUUAGUUGAAUUAGAAAAAAUUACACAAUUAUGUAAAGUUUUAUGUGAAUAUUUUUUAUGUCAUUCAUCUAGGAUUGAUCAUCUUGACAUUUGUUAUACAAAUUGGGAUAUUUUUCAACUUGAAGGGGCAAAGAAAUCUUUAUCAAAAAUUAAGAGUUUUGAAUUUGAUGGUGAUUGUUUUCCUAAUCAACUUAAAACUCUUACUUCUAUCAAUAAUAAUAUUCAAGAUUUAAGUGUUACUUUAAUCGGUUUUGGUGAUAAAUCUAAAAUAAUUGAGGAUAUUGUUACUCUUAUUCAAGCACAAAAUAAUUUAUGUAGUAUAAGAAUUAAUAUUACUUUCACAUCUUCAUUUCAAAAUCUUUGGGAUAAUCUCUUCAUGUCUCCACAAGCGAAUUCUAUAAAAACUAUUGAAUUUAGAGAUAUUAUAUUUGAUUCUUUUAAUACUUUUUUACCUUUACAAUUAUCAAAAUUUAAAAAGUUAGAGAAUUUAAGAAUUUAUAAAUGUAGAAAUUUCGACGGUGAUGUUCGAGAAGUUAACGACCUUUUGGCAUUUGUAAAUCUUUACCAAAUUCGUGUGGAAAGAAUAAGUUUAAAACCAGAAUUUUUCCAUUUAUUACUUAAAUCAGGAAACAAUCUUACUGAAAUAGAAUUGUUAGAUCAAAUAAUUGAGGGAUUUGAUGAAAUAAUAAACUGGUGUGGAAUUUAUUGUAAGAAUCUUACAAGAUUUGUUGCAUCAAUUCAAAAGAAUCAAAUUCAUAAUAUCAUCGAUCUUUUACAAAAAUGUCCAAAUUUAGAAUAUUUUCAUGUUUAUGAUGUAAAGCUUAAAUUUGAACAUGAAUAUGAUCCAUGGCCAGAAUAUUCCCCUCCUGAAUUGUUAUUUUUCCCCGCAAGUGAAUUAAUGAAAGAAUUUGGGGAAAAAAUACCGAAGAAAAUGAAAGUUAUUAAAAUUUGGAUGAAUUGGUUGAUUACUUUGGAAGAACUCGAAAAAUUUGUAGAGAGAUGCGUGAGUAAUGCAUUAAAUUUAAAAGUUAUGGAAUUCAGACACUGCGUCGGAUUCGGAAAUUCUCAUCGGGAUGUUAUCAAAAGAUAUUUAUGA